UUGCUAUAUAAACGCAUUGACAACAAGCUUCCAGCGCAGAUCUGUGAGAGAAUCGCAUGCACUGAAAUUAACCACAACAUCGUUAUCCACCAUGAAGGCAGUCAGUCCGGUGAGGUCCAUAAGGAAACCCGCCUUGUAUUUUUCGGAGCAUAAUCUCGGCAAUUUACGGAGCAAGAGCUCCUCGGACGACCCACUCAGUCUCCUGUACAACAUGAAUGACUGCUACAGCAGGUUGAAGGAGCUCGUGCCGAGUUUACCGCAGAACAAGAGCGUGAGUAAGAUGGAGAUCUUGCAGCAUGUCAUAGACUACAUUCUGGAUCUUCAGAUCGCACUGGACCAGAACCCGCAACAGCAGAUCCUCGGACAGAGCCCUUCAAAAAAGUCUGUCAGAUCACUCGGAGCUGAUAUCAGCAUCAUCUCCUUCCAGCCCAGUAACCCUCAAAGAGAGAUCAACUCAGAUGACCUCAUAGCCCUGUCUCGUUGAAACGGUGUUUCGGUCGUGGAGCAAAAACAGGGCCUUUUUGUGUUUUUUUUUUUUUUUUCAUGUCAUUCGCCUGGACUUCGUCUUGAAUGACAAAGGAUUUCCCUCGAAUGGACAUAAAGAGUUAGUUAUACACGGACUUUCACAUUCUUUCUUCCAAAGCAAGACUGAAAAAGACUGGAAAGAUAAAAGAAAACCGUAAUUAAGCAAGAAAUCUCACAAAGCAGGAUUUUUUUUCACCUUGCUGUUAUGUUGUCAAGAUGUUGCGCAAAACGAGCGCGCAUUUUAACUCCUCUAACGUUAAUUAAUCCAGUUCGCCAAAGGCUGCGGACUCUGUAAAAAUGUACUUUUGUUUUCUUUCUGCUGAAAAUGUGAUGUUUAUAAUAUUACAGAAAGUUUUAUAAUUAUAACGUAAAUGGCACUUUUAUACUGUACAUAAUUAAAUGCUGUGUCCUUGUCAGUUACAAAUGUUACAAAAAGUUACAAAUGCAUUGCUUUUGUUGUAUUUUUCAUUUUUGCAAAUGCAUUAAUGCAUAAAGCUUAUUAACUUA